GAGACUACCGAAAAACACCAAAAACUGUGUCGGUGUCCGAUUCCGUCAAAAAAGUUGUUUGAUUGGUUUGGGGUUGGGCGUAAAUAAGAAUGCAAAUAUUUUUAUUGUAACAAAAACGGGUAGGUAUCUUGCCUGUAUAUUUUUAAGAUUGCUAUUUUAAAACUUGAGUGAGGUUUUCAAUUUGUAACAAUGGCAGCGAGAAAACGAAGCGGUAGUGGAUCGAAAAGACAAUUUAAAGAAAAGGUUGUGCAAAUAUAUGAGACUAUUCUGAAAGGUGAAGAAUUGGGACCAAAUAAUUCAUUUUCCUGGGAUGAAUUCUUCCUGUUAAAACCUAAGUUGACCACUUUAGAAUCAGAAAUAAUGAAAUUAUCCUUAGAACAACUUCAGGCUGCAAAGCCAAACAUUAUGGAAGUAUUUACACAAUGUAUUCAUGUACUAGCUAACAAUACUGGUAUUAGAGCUGCUUAUGGAAUGCAAACAUUAUGUGGUGUUCUUCAUGCCAUUUUUAAGAAACUUGGAGAAUCUCAGGGACAGGGAGAAAAGGACAAUAUAAUUCUAGCAAUAGAUUUCUUGUCUGGAUCAGAGAACUAUGUGCAUAAUAUUCAAAAACUUUUGGAUUUCUGUCAACUUUUCUUGGAAGGGGAUUACACAGAUUCCAUGAAAGGACUAUGUCUUAAAUUAAUCAUAAUUUUAAUAAUCGCAAAUGAUAAUUUAAGCCAAAACACCCUAAUAGAAUAUAUUAUUAUGUCGCCUCUCUUUGAGUGUCUUGUAAAACUCCUGUCGGAUGUACCAACAAGGCAAAAGCACGGCUAUGAUGUAGUUCUCAUUAUAACACUACUUGUGAAUUACCGAAAAUAUGAUGCGACAAAUCCAUAUGUUGUGAAGCUAUCUAUUUUGGAUGAUGAGUUAGCUUUAAAUGGUUAUGGGCAAGUUAUUACAGCUUCUUUAACAGAGUUCUGUAAUCAGUACAAUAUUGAGCACAUAGAAAAUCAAAAUUCUAGUUGGUUUUCCAGUUUGACUAAUAUGGUGGGAAGUAUGUUUAUUUCUGAAGAGGGAGGUUAUAGAAAUCAGCAGAUUAGAGCCAACAAUUCGCUUUUACUAGCUUUCUAUGAAGCAGUGCACUUAAACAGAAAUUUUAUUACAACUUUGGCACAAACACAAACUGACGCCAGCAGUCCCCCAUCACCGAAUAACACUCUGCACAACAAUAUUCAGGGACUCACAGAUUUAUCUAAUGUGCCAUUUGACAUCAACUCACAACCCAGCAAUUUAUUAGUUACAUUUUUUCAGUAUUGUUCAAUAGUGAUGCAAGACACAAAGACUGAUCAAGGAACUAAUACUGUUAAACUGUGCUUCCUGAUUUUGGGCUGCAUAUCUGAGGACCAAUAUGCCAAUUCUUUAAUGCACGAUGUCAGUCUGGCAUUCAAGGUAAGGCUACAUAGGUUACCUAUGCGCCAUAGGAAGUUAUCCAAUGACAAGACUACUUCAAGUCAAUCAUUAGUCUGUACAUUAUUAGAUCUACUGGUAGAAUUUAUGCUAAGUCAUAUGAUGAAAAAAUUCCCUAUGGAGUUAUACAUGCUGUGCUUAGGUAUUAUUCAAAGGAUCCUCUGCUAUCAGAAAAAAUGUCGUAUACGUGUAAACUACGUGUGGAAAGAGCUCUGGACCGGUUUAAUAUCUCUUCUUCGUUUUAUAUUACAAAACGAGAAUUAUCUAGGAAAGAAAAUGAAUAUAUUCAAGCUGUGUAUUAAAGUUGUUAAUAUUUUGAACUUUUUCAUUACAUAUGGAGAUAAUUUCCUACCAACCCCUGGGAGUUAUGACGAGUUGUAUUACGAGAUUAUUAGGAUGCAUCAAGUGUUUGAUAACGUUUAUUCCAUGGCCCUAAGAUACUCAAUGGGCGAAGGUGAUUUUAAAGAAGAUGCCCUGAAAUUAAAUAAUGCCUUGUUCAACGUACGAGCAAUUAUUAAACAUUUCAACCCAAAAAUUGAACAGUGGCUUGCUAGCAAUAACCUAUCCACGCCCACCGAGGAACAAAUAUUAGACAUCGUUAAAAAGAAUUAUGAUAGCUUAACGCUUAAACUGCAGGAUCUGCUAGAUCAUUACGAAAGGUAUACUGAAAAACCUCACUACACAACAUUUUUCACUGGAAUGGUAAAAAGUAUAGUAAGCGAUACGAGAACUAAUUUUAGUUGUUCUUUACUGAACUUUUCAAAUAUUGCCAGUGAAUAUCCCACUUUAUAACAACAAGCGUUUGACAGUAUGAUUUUAAGAGACCAAAGUUAAGACAGAUGAUUCUUUAAGAACAAGUUUAUGGUUGUUAGUGUCUUCUUGAUUAAUUUAACCUUACUUGAAGACUGAUUUAAAAUAUAGGAUUUUACGAGUUGACUGUUUAUGAAAUUUUAAUAACAACUUUUUGUGAAUUAAGUUUGUUAUAUUGUUAAGCAAUAUCAGUUGUGAUAAAAUGUGUUAUCAAUAUUUAAUUUGGCAUAUACUUAGAUAAAUAGUUAGUUCUCAGUCCGACUUUCUGUGAGAUGAUAAAGAAUAGGUCCUGGUGUCAGUUUACAUUUUCUAUACGUUUUAUGGAUGUUUUUUGCAUAUCAAAUAUUUUAUAACUUUAUUCGUUUAAAAAGUACAAUUUGAUUGCAGACUUGACAGACUCAAGAGGUCUAGAAAUUAUAAUAAAACAUAGGCUUGCGUUGAUUUGUGAGUUCCUAAAUGAGUGAAAAAUGAAUUAUAGAUUAAAGGCAAACAAUUUUCUUUCAAUUUCUUUUCCAGUUAGAUGAACAGUGUAACUAAGUAAAGUAUUUUGGUCAAAUGGUCAAACUAUUAAUAUCUAAAAGUUAAUUAUAUUAAUGUUUUAAUUUCCAUUGUAUUAGAAAACAAAGUAAGCCAAGAACUGUACCACAUGAAAACGUUACUCAUUUAUUUUUUUCAUGCAAUGAAAAGAGUAAUAAAGAGUAAACUCACAAGUACAGUGAAAGUCGCUUAUAGCGACGGUGAAAGGACCACGAAAAUUACGUCGCUAUAUCCGACCUUCGUUAUAUACGACCUGUUUUUUUUUCCUAGCAUAUUAUUAAAAGAUAGACUUUACGAUAGCCAGAAGAAAUAAAAUUCGCUAUCCAAUUUGUUUAAAACAAUUUAUUAACCACUAAUUUACAAAUUCACAACAUUUAACAGAUACAUAUGUAUGUAUGUAGUACCUACACCUUCUCCAGUUUUGAGACUUGAAAUAAUCUGUGAUUUUACUCUGUUUCUUUGUUCGAGUAUCAUAAUAGAUGAAUUCAAUUUUUUUCUCUAAAUUAUUAACAUGGUUUUCGUCCGAUGAAUAGUUAUACAAAACAAACUUUUUGAUAGUAUUAGUGGCUUGAAGAGCUUCUGCUGCAGAUGGAGGUUGAAAUUCUUCCCCUUCUGAACCCUCACCUUCGCUUUCCUCUUUGUCCUGAGAGAAGGAUAAGAUGUCGUCUACAAUUUGUUCUUCACUUAGAUUGUCGCAUACUUCCAAACUAUUUUCUGCAUGUAAGAACUCGGUCCAUUGAUCAUCUGACAAUGCAGCAGACUUUUUUAUUACAGCCAGCGGAACCUCAUCUUCCUCUUCAAAAUUAACAUUAAUUAAUUUAACCAGUGGAAUGUCAUAUUCUUCAUCAAAGCUAUCAUUUCUAACAUCCUCACUUUCUACGAAGCCUCCAUGUCUAAAACAGUUGGCAAUUGUUUUUGAUGAAACUCUAUCCCAUGCUUUAGCGAUCAUUGAUACUGCAUCUAAAAGGUUAAUACAACACUCUUUGCCUUAUUCAGCAUUUUCUAUGAUUUUCAUUAAGUGAAACUUUUUAAAAUGCACUUUUAAUGAUCGAAUAAUCCCUUGGUCGCUGGCUGCAGAACAGAGGUGGUGUUUGCUGGCAAAAACUCGAGUUUUAUGUUUUUUAAAUUAUCAACUUUCGGAUGAGCGGGACAGUUGUCUACUAAAAGUAAAAUUUUUUUCUUGGUCUUCACCAACUUUGCAUCCCAUUGACGAAGAAUACUGACAAAUAAAUCAGAAGUCAUCCAGGCCUUUUUGUUGGACUUGUACACGACAGGUAAUGACUUGUGUACAAUGUUUGAAACAUCGUGGAUUUCUCGACUUGCCGAUCACAAUAAGUUUAGGUUUAUCCGAUCCUGUCAUAUUGGUAGCAACUAAGACUGUAAUUCGUUCCUUUGAUAAUUUUCCGCCGGUACAAGUUUCACCCUCGAAUUUUAAUGUCUUAUCUGGGGUCAGUUUAUAAAAAAGUCCUGUCUCGUCGGCAUUAUAUAUUUCGUUAUACUUAUAUCCUUUUCGUAUUUCAGGCCAGACAGUUGUUAACCAGUUUUCACGUACUCCUUGAGGCACAUUAUUUUCCCAAACACUAUUUUAUGUCUUUGACGAAAACGCUUAAUCCAACUUUCAGAACAUUUAAAGUCCACUUUACCCAUAAUUCUUCCAAAAUCAUUUGCUUUUGCCUGUAAUAUUGGACCGCUUAUGGGAGUUCCAUGACUUUUGAACCACUUGAGUAAGGCUUGAUCGAUAUCUGGGUGUUGAAAUAACUUGAGUUUUUUCUUGCCUAAUAAAUUUUCGUUGAACGCUUCUUUAAUUUUAUCCUUGUUCUUCAAAAUUGUGGAUACACUUGAGUGAGAUAAAUCAAAUUCAGUAGCUACAGUAGCAUUACUUUCACCAGAUUCAAGUCUUGCGAUAAUAAGACCUUUUUCUUCAAUUGAAAGAACUUUUCUUUUCUUUGACACCGAAGCCAUUUUACAAUGUGUGUAAUCACAAAAACACAAUCAAAGCACAUACGAAGGUAAAACAACAAUAAAAAGCAACAUCAACCCUUUGUAGGAACUGUUAAACCACGCUGGACUGGAAUAAACUACGCACAAUACGUUUUCGUCUAUCAUGCAGAUUUUCAGAAAUAGGGUAUUCCUCGAAAACAACUCCUGUAUUUCACCGCGGCGAGUCGUUGCUCGUCGGUUGUCGCAGCAACCGGUCUAAAAAAUCCAAAGUUAGCGAAAUGAAGUCGUUAAAAGCGACUUCGUCACUAUAACCGACGACGCUAUAGUCGGACUUUUUCACUAUUGAAAAUAAGAAAUCCAACCAAGAUACGGGCGUUUGGUCGUUAUAUGCGCCAUUUCGUUAUAAGCGACGUCGUUAUUGGCGACUUUCAUGUAAUCACUUUUUAGUUACUUUAGACAUAAUUUAGAAAUGUAGUACUCAGUUCCAUAAAAAGUGACGCACUUGAUAUUUAACUUUACUAGGAAAAUAAUAGGUCUAUUUUUAUUUAUUAUAUCAUUUGUCUUAAAAAAAAAUUAAAGAGGUGGAAUUUUUUUCAAAGCCUCCUUGAUGGUGGUGGAGAAUUCGAACCAUUUUUUCUUAAUUUAUGACUCACCUUGUGUAUUAAUUGAAGAAUGGUAUAUAAUUGCUUAUAGCUUAUAUGAAAGAGUCUUCUUUUGCGAGCAUUUUGUUUUUCUAUUAAUUACCAAUAAGUUAAAAAAAUAUAUAUUAAUUGAUAAAUUGGAAUUAUUAACUGUAGGAUAGUUUAAGAUAUAUUUUUAUUAUAAUAUAAUUAUAAAAAAGAGUAAUGAAUUUUAAAAUUUGUACAUUUAACUUGGGUUAUCAGGUUUGCCUACAUAUUUUUUGUAUACAUUUAUAAUGAAUUAGUAAUUAGUGACUAAAUCUCAUCAAUAUCAUUUUUACUAUUAGUACUGGUACUGUCAAUUUCACUCUCAACGUUAGUAUCACUAUCUUCACUGUUAACUGAUAUUAUUAUGGGUUCAACUUGUUCCAUUAUAUAAUCCGUAUGCCAGUACUGUUCCUCACUGUUCCUUACAUGUUGGCAGAACACUGAUUAAAUUGCUUCGUUUAGGAGCUCUCUUAAUUUUAGAAUGCCAAAGUCCCCAGAUACGUUUCGCCUUCUAAUAUAAUUGUUAAUUUGGGCUCACGCCAUUUCUAUGGGGUUUAACUCGCACAUGUAUGGUGGUGUUUUUAAAACUAUAUGCCCAUGUUGCUUUAUUAUAUUGUCAAUGACGUAAUUUAAAAUAACUCAAAUUUUCUGGCUGUUGUAUCAUGUGUUAUUCCUAUGUAAAAAAACGUAAUUAUAAACUAUUUUCUUUUAAACGUUUAACAAAUUAUUUACUUUGAGACUCCAAAAUUUCUGAACUUUGUCAACAUUUGUCCACAGUAAGAUCAUUAUCUACCCAUGCCUCAUCUAUAUAAAUAAUACAGGUUCCGGCAAAAUGAUCUCCCACAUUUUGAUUUUUAAUAAAAACGCCAAUGUAAAUGCUAUUUAUAUUUGAUUUUUAUUAACUAAAAAUAUAUGGUAUGCCAUUUUGUUUUUAUUAAGUUUUGAAAAUUACACAGACUCCAAGUGGCGACCAUUUCUUUCGACACACAUUCGAAGCUGAUUUCUGAAAGUUACCAUUACUCAAGCAGUAAUUUGAGGCGAUAUUCCUGUAAUUUCUUGGCGUAUUGCUGCUCUUUCAGGUAGCCCCAAAGGAAAAAGUCACAUGGGGCAAGAUUGGGUGAACGCGCAGGCCACCCAACGUCUCCACGUAACGAGAUUACGCGUUCUGGAAACAUUUCCCUUAACAGGUCCAUUGUCCUUCUUCCCGUAUGAGCUGUAGCCCCAUCCUGUUGAAACCACACAUCCGGAUGUUCAAGUUCCCUAAGUUUUGGUGCCAAAAAAGUACGUAGCAUGUUGACAUAUCGAUCAGCAGUUACGGUAACCGUUACCCCUCCUUCUCCCCAAAAAAAUAGGGACCCCAAACACCAAAAGAACCAACAGCACACCAAACGGUAACACGUUGGCUGUGAAGUGGCCUUUCUUGUGGAUUUUUUGGUGCCCAGUAGCGAAAAUUGUGCUUGUUCACACAGCCAGACAAAUGGAAAUGAGCCUCGUCACUCGUUAUUAAAAGCGCAUUUUGUGGGACGUUUUGAAGAAUAUCAUUGGAACAUUCUCAGCGAUUUUCCCAGUCCCGUUCACUGUUCAUGUACGAUUAUCAUGUACAUCAUUCAAGUUCUUGUACGAUCCUCAUUUUGUAUGGGUGGAACUUCAGAUCGGUGUGCAAAAUUCUUCUCACAGAACGAUCUGACAAACGCAAAGCAGAGGCAUGUUUAAUAGCUGAACGUCUAGGAGAUCGUUCAACUGCUUCUCUUACAGCUGCAAUGUUUUCAGGUGUCCCAACACUUCUGGGUCUACCAGUUUUUAAUUUUUAAGAUUUUCUUUUUAAGGCUGAACCUGUAGCUCUAAAAUAUGAAACCCACAACAGUAUUGUUUUGCGAUCUGGAACUGGAUCAUGUCUACCAAGCGCGAAGUGAGUACGAAAAUUUAUUCGUGUCGUAAUCACAGAUUCGUUACUUUUGAAAAAUGUUUCGAUGACGAAGGCACGAUGCUCGCCCGUCCAGUUCAUGGCGACAACAGAAAUGGCAAGGCGCGCGCAGCCACCCGACUACGCUAAGCUGGCUCCCUCUUUAGUGAUUCGGGCUCAGUGGCGGCGCAAAAUGUGGGAGAUCAUUUUGCCGGACCCUGUAUAUCGAUUUUCUCCCGAUAUCGUCUAAUGCUUUAGUGUAAAAUAUGAGGUUUUUCUAUUAAAAAUGUUCACACUGAUUUUGACACUUAUGCCAGAAAAAUCCAUUAGGCAUAAGCAAUUUUAUAAGAGUUUCUCUAGAAUGUGGAAAUUCAUAUCCAUCAACUUGCAGCUGAAUUAAAAUUUUUGUUGGGCCUUGUUCUAUUUCACUGUAAAAUUUUUGCACCAUACGCUUAUAUACAUGGCAGUUCUCCUCAAGUUUUGCUUUUUUGCUUCAGUGGUAGCUUAAAGGCAUUCGAAGUUGCUUCUUCAUCGAGCACAUUAAUAUUCAGUUCACGCGCUUGGGGAGCAAGUAUCUUUUUUUUAAAGAGGUGUUCAUUUUAAAAUAACACAAGAAAAUAUCAACUCAAAAACUCUCUGAUCUUAUUUGACGACACUGUUGCCGCUAGUUACGUAAACAUGCCGCCCGCGUUGAAAAGUUUUAACUUUUCAAAACUAAUAGUCUUUACAUGACACUUUUUUUUUACACAAAUUCGAUGAAUCCAAUGACUGUUUAUGCGGUAUCAAUCGGAAGUACACAUAUUUUUAAAACUGACCUUUAUAAUAUAAUAUAAAUAGAAUAGUAUUUCCAGUUAAUAAUACAGAAUAGUUAUAUUAUUAUAAAUAGAAUAAUAUUUCCAUUGGGUACUGAACUGACAACACGAACUACCUGAUCCGCACCUGGAUGGAGCUCUACGAUCCAUGCACCAUUUUAAUGGAGGUUGGUUUUCUUCUACUAAUACUACUAAAGAUCCAAGCUUCAGGUUGUCGUGGAUACGCUUCCGUUUGCCGCGGGUUUGAAGACUGCUCAGGUAUUCCUUUGACCAAUGAUUCCAAAACUGUUGAUGCAACUGCUGCAAUCUUUGAUAUAGUGAUAAACGUGAUGAUUUAAUUUCCAAAAAAUCAGCUUUUGGGCUGCUAUAAAGAGACUCGCCUAUUAGGAAAUAGGAUGGGGUUAAAGUAAUCUUUUACGUCGUUAGAAAGAGGUGUUAAAGGCCUGGAAUUAAGGCACGCUUCGAUUUGUACUAGCAACGUGUACAUAUUUGAAAAAUCCAAAGAAGUUUCACCGAGUACGCGUUUUAAGAGAGAUAUUUUGUACUUUUUACAGCUGCUCCCCAUAAACCUCCCAUAUGCGCGGAGCGAGCCGGAAUAAAAUGCCAGUUGAUCUGAUCAUUAGCCAAAAUUAGCCACAUUAGCGUUUAGUAAGUUGUAUAACUCGAGAAAAUAGUUGUUUGCAUCUACAAAAUUUAAUCCGUUGUCGGAAUAUAAAUUGGUAGGCUUGCCUCGUUGGGCGCAAAAUCGUUUUAAAGCAUUUAAAAACCCGUCAGUGGUUAAAUCUGGAACCAACUCAAUAUGAACGGCAUGCGUGACAAAACACACGAAUAAACAAAUAUACGUUUUAAUAACUUUACUUUGGCGUAAGCUCCGUUCUUGAUUGUAAUUGAACCUGCGUAGUCCACACCAGAAUUUGAAAAGGGACGAUUUGAAGUUACCCGUGAACCUAGUUUAAAAAUUUUGUUGGUUUUGGAUUUACGCGGAAACAUAGAAAGUUGCCUAUUACCGGAUACUUUUUUCUUUUAAUUAACAAAAACUACCUACAUACCACAUAAAUUAAUUGCAUGUUAAAAACGGUUAGGAUGAUAUAUGUUAUUUCAUUAUGUGACACGAAAUAGCUCUAACUGGCUCUAACUUUCACAAAAGUAAAAAAAAAACAUAACAGUGCAUAAAUUAUUAUUUUGAAAUUGGGUUCCUUAUAUCGUAUAGUAGGUGUACCUAAUAUCGCCUUAAACGUUUAAAAUAAAAAGCAUAGGUAUUUGUUUAGAUUUUUAUUAAUAUUAAAUUGAAAAUACGUUCAAAAACUUUAUGAAAAACCUUAAAGUUAAUCUAAGCACAUCUCACAAAUAAACCAUAGAUUUUUGUCAGUUCCUGCACAUUCUUCAUUGCACCAACGAAAGCAUUGAUAGCAUCUGAUCCACUUUUCCCCUGCUCUGUCCUCUGAAUAAAGAUUAAUAGCAAUACAGACACUCGGCGGCUUCGGCAUCUCUGUCCAUAUCAUCACUGUCUACUAACUGCAAUUUUAAUAUCAGUGUCAUCAUCACUGGAUGAGGUGAGAGGUUUUUUAGCUUUUCCCUUCCCUUUACCAUUUUUUUUUGGUUUAGCUUUUGUGCUUCUGUUUUGACCCUUAAGUGCAGUGUUAAUCGGAACUGUUUUUAAUUUUCUUUUGUUUAAAGCUUCUUCCAGUUCUGAUUUGUAAGGCGAUCCAGUUAUUAACGCAGUAGUGCCACGUCUUCCUCGCUUAUUCGUAGAUCCGGACGUGUACGAGCAACUAGGCAUAGGGCUGAUAUUUGUCGGUUUCACCGACUUUCUGUUUGUAGAAGGAGUGGUCAAGCUAUUUAUUAAGGGUUUUGUGGGGAUAGCAUCAGGUGUUUUAAUCCUGUCCCUCAUAGAAGAUAGAGGUAUUUCAUCUUCGCUUUCUAUUUCCUCCGAUUCUGGCCUGUUCUCAUCAAGUUGUUGGGGUGGUGGCGGGGUUCUUUCACGUUGGGAAUGAAUAGCAAAAUCAUCGUCUCGGAAUACAUGCCUGUUGAGCGGAAAAAUUCCACAUUUUCUAAAACCAUUUACGGCCACUUCAACGCUUGCAGCACGUAGGUAUGCUCUCCCUAGCAGCUUAGACGACCUGAUAGUGAGUUACCACCCUUCCUGGGUUAUUUUUGAGCCAUGACUCAAUCUCCAAUGCAUAAUAUGUUUUAAAUGGAGACAUAAAAGCUACGUCCAGGGGUUGUAUUUUAUGUGUCGAAUGAGGAGGUAGACAUAAAAUAUGCACAUAGUUUUCCCUUGCUAAAUCAAUUAAAGGGAUGUUGCGCGUAUGAGAGUAGUGCCCGUCUAAUAUUAAAACCACUGGAUCGCCCUUUGCUGGUUUAACAUGCUUUAUAAAAUGUGUUAACCAAGCUGUAAACAGAUCAUGCUGAAUCCAAUCGGAAGGAUGACAUCUGGCGAUCGUUCAUGGCGGUGCUCCAUUUAGAAGUUCAUGCUUCAUAUUUUUUCUAGGAAAUACUAGCAUAGGUGGCACAUAUAUUCCGGUAGCGCUCAUACAAGUCACUACAGUAACAAGAGCUCCCCUUUCGGAUGUCGUCAAGGCCCCAACUUGCCUUUUACCUCGUAAGCCGAGAUCCCUUGAAUGUUUGUGUUGAACAGUUGUAAUGCCUGUUUCAUCUACAUUAAAUAAUCUGGCUGGAUUCAAUUUGAUUUCUGCUAAGGCUGGCUCUAACAGAUCAAAAAAAGCCGCGCAAUUUUCUCGAGUAAACCCUUUUAUGCGAGCUGCAGAUACACCCUGUGGCUUUCUAAAACUCAGUUCAGGAUGUCUCUUUAAAAACCCUUUUUGGCACUUUUUUCCUGCACUUGAUUUCGUCAUAGAAAAGGGGUGUUGUAGCCCGUUCUGGAUAGCUAGCUGAAACGCUAGCCUUCAAAUAUCGGAAGCUCUUAGUCCAUAAAACCGUUUCUCCAUAUCUAAACAAUAUGUAACUAACAGAUUUUCAAUUUCGUUGCUUACCGCAGGUCUUCCUAAUUUCGUAGCUGUUAAUACUUCUAUUGGCUUGUCUGAUUUUACGUAAUCAACAAGGGUACUUCUUGGAACUUUAUAUAUUUUUGACGCUUUUAAAUACCCCAUUUCUUUGCUUCUAACAGCAUUUACCGCAAGCUCCAUGGCUCUUGCAUCCCAUGUUUUACUACCUUUCUCUUGUUUUCCGUUCAUCUAGAAAAAAAAAGCAAAAAACCUUAAUCAAGGUUAAAAGCAUAAUAAUAUGGUAUAUGAAACUUAUUCUCAUUUAUUAUUUAAAAAAAGAGAGUAAAACGCAAGUAUCUAUGACAGAAAAUCAGUUGAUUCAUUUAAAAGCAGCUCCAGAAAACUGGUUCAAAAUAUCGGAUACUAUACGAUAUUAGGAAACCAAAAGUAUCCGAUAUUACGGUACAUAACCUCACUAAAUUUACCGUUUUUUUUUACAUUUAAAAAAUAGUUCACAGAAGCAAUUUAUACAUUAAAAGGUAUCAUCUGCAAUCUACUUAAUGAUAUGGUAUGUAACAAACAAAUAAUUUAACCUACCUUUUCCAGAAAUAACGCCAAAAAUUAUACACUGUUAAAAUCUAUGCACAUCGAAAACCGUUACAGUAGCAAAAUGACGUUUUAUAAACAAUGAUAGGAUUCUGUAAUUCUUGUAGGAAAUGAUCUGCGUAAUAGUUCUCUUGAUUACUAUGGAAGUUACGAGAUAGCGCUGUGCUAUUACAGAUUUAGAGUAAUGUCCGAUAUUAGGAACCUAUGCAGUAUUAGGCUACUUUCCUCUACUAUACAGGAAUUGAUAACUCUUUUCAUUACGUUUGUUCCUUUUUUAGAUAAGCAUCUAAAACAAUUAAAUCUGUUAAUCUGUGUUUAUAGGGCAAAAUUAUUUGAUGUUUUUGGUUAAAAUCUAAUUUUGAAUUUGUAAGUCUACCACCUACUCGUAAAAUUUGAUCUGAAUCCAAAAAAAGAUUUAAGCUUAAAAUGGCACUAUCGUGACUAAGAGCUCUUGAGCUUUCGAGAUCUUGAAUUUCUUUUUAAAUACUUCAUAUUCAGUAUUAAAAGAAAAGAUGCUUGAUUUAGCGCAUUUACCGUUAAGCUAUUAGUAGUAGCUUCGAUUUCAUUUAAAGUUCGAUUUUUAAAACGACAAAUAUAUGCUACUAACUUAAUUAAUACAGGCGCCAUACGCCUUUUCGGAAAUAUCAAAAAAUCCGAAUAAUUCUACGAACUUUGUUCCAGGCAACAAAACGUGACGAUUUAUUUUAAUCUCAUUUAAAGAUUCAAUUUCUUCCAUGAAUUCUAAAAAACGUUGUUGUAAAUUUAAUGGAAUUUCUUGAUCUCAAUCUUGUAGUUUCCAUAGCUCUUGCAUAAGCAACUUUGCAGUAAUAAUAGCUGGACCAAUCAGGCCUAGCGGAUCGAAAAACAAAACAGACAAAACUGUUCGUUUGGUAAUUUUGUUGUCGAUAUUCACAGAAACUUUGUAUUUAUCCUCAUUUGGAUCCCAUAGUAUUCCUAGAGUUUUUAAUUCCCUUUGAUCGCGAUUUAAAAUUAAUUUAUCAUCUUGAAAGCUACUAUUUUUCAAAAUGUGAUCUAGAUUUAACUUUUCAUUUGAUGACCAUUUUCUAAGUUCAAAUUUACUCUGGAAGAAAAUAUCUGUUAAUUCUUGAUAUACUUCGAGCGCUUCGGACACUGUGUCUACGUUUGUUAGAAAAUCAUCCAUAAAAAAUGAAUUUUUUAAUAACGUCGCAGUUCUAGGAUACUUUAACUCAUUUCUUAAGGCUAACUUAAGACUAAUUACUAACUUUAAGCAACGAGUAGCUUGAAAAGGAGCGCUGGCAGUUCCAUAAGUUACAGUAUUUAACUGAUACACCUUUAUUUUUUCCUCUCGAUUUUCGCGUUAUAAAAUUUGUUGAAAGGAUCGUUGAUCAUUAGUAUACAUCUAAACAUCAUUUUUAUAUUCGCACUUAGUAUAUAUCUUCGCAAUCUUACCCGUAACAGUAUUGAAAAAAGAUCUGAUUGGAUUGUAGGAUCUACUAGAAUGAAAUCGUUGAAAGAAACGUUAGUACUUGACUUAGCACUUGCGUCAAAAACUACUCGACAUUUUGUGGUGACUGAAUCUCUUAAGACGGCCGUGUGAGGUAAAAAAUAUGAAGUUUCGUUUGGAGAAUUGUCAUUUUCUAAAAGAUUUGUAAAUUUCAUGUGGCCCAAAUCCUCGUAUUUGAUCGGUUUGUUUGUUCUCCAACUCGCGUUUCGUUUGAUCAUCCAACUUUUGAAGAAUUAUUGGUAUUAGUAAUAAAUCCCACUGAUCAACGGGUAAUUUUUAGCUUUUGUAGUGCUGUUAAAUAGUUAUGUAAUACAUCUAAUAAUUCCUUAAGCUGGAGAGCUGAUUCGCUAGGAAUUUGGGGUAAAUUAAAUAAUAAAUUAUUUAUAUGGUGAUUGAUAAUAGCUCUUUUAUGGCAUACCUUUUUUGGAGUAAAUCUAAUGCGAUUGAGUAAUUUAUUGACUUUACCUCCAAUGAGCCAAUAAGUUUUAGAGCAUCGUCUAACAUAUUUUUCAAGAUUAGAACAUAUUUUUAAGUAUAAAUAUUUAACGUCACGCGUAUGUUGCAACUCUGUAUGCAUACGCGUAUGUCAACUUCAUCAUUCAGAGAUAAAUCCACCUCGGAAGUGGUUGCUUUUGUUUUUCUUCCCAUCGUUAAACUUAAUCAGAUAACCUAUCGUGGUAAACCUUUUUUUGCAACGAAAAAUAAGUAAAAUUGAUACAGUUAUGCGUUGUGCAUCGUGAACAUUGAUAAUAUAAAAGUACGAUAUUUUUUGUUAAGCACGGCAAUACUGUGCUGAUUUUAAUUCUUAUUCGUGCCCUGAGGCUACGCGAUUCGAGAUGUGGCUCCGGCUAUGAUGUCAUAGGUACGAUCCCUGAAACGAGACUACCAUCGAUAUGAGAGACAAAUAGGCGGUAUACGAGACUACGCAAAUAAUUUUAUACGAAAUAAAUACUAUUCUGGUACUAAUGGAAUAACGUCAAACUUAAAUAAUAAACGUGACGAUACACAAAUGCCCUUUCGAGUUUUUAAAAUAAUGUAAACGUGUAAUAACAAAAAACAUAUUCAAUUCGAUUCGAGAUUCAAAAUAUAAAUAUUUCUUACUACGUUUAUGUAAUUAGGACGUGGUAAACGGGAUGAUUUUUAAGGUUCAAAAUAUUGGAUAUGUUUCGGGAAAUACGGGAAAUAGAACGAGCUCACCUGCACCUCGAGUUUCGGGUUUUGUUACUGCGGCCACUAUACUGCUUUCCAAUGUCGUUUUCUGGUUUUUAUCCGGUUCGAUCGGACCAAGACUUUAUGUUGAUUUGUUUUGCCGAAGGACCACCCAUUUAGGGAAAAAACUGUGUUGUUAAUUUGUUAAAAUAAAAUUAACAUUUAUUUAUCUAGGUCACCGAACAAUAACAAGUCUUGUUAUUGUUCGGUGUCUAGGUAUAGAUAAGUACAGGUUAAACUCUAAAAAUAUCGAGUGUCUUUUCACGCUGCUGUUCGUCUCUCUGUUCAACGACGGCUCCUCCGACGAUGCGGCGGCUCCUCGCCACCUCCCCGAUCUCAUUUGACGACACUAUUGCCGCUAUUUACGUAAACACUUGUUAUUUCUAAUUCUUUUUCCAGAUGGGUAGUUUUUCUUUUUAAAAUUUUACUUCUUAAACCUGUUAGCCUCUAGAUAUUUCAUAAAUUUUCACAUAGGGGAGACCGGGGACAAUUGAAACAAUUUCCAAAUAUUUAUUUUUUUUUCUUAGAGAAAAUCAUAUUUACGGCUAAAAAAUUUUUUACAAGGACAUUUAUUAAUUGUAUAUUUUAAAUCAGGUUAUUUUACUUAUUAUAUAAUGCCUGUAAGAUAUUAAAGGAAACAUAUAGCCUUGUAUAUUGUUUCAAUUGUCCCGGAGACGGGGACAGUUUAAACACAUACCAGGGACAGUUGAAACACCAUUAAGAAUAAACAAAAUAUUUAUUUUAAUACUGAAAUAACAUUCAAUUUAGAAAUACGAAGAAAAAAACAUUGAUACAUAUAAUUUUUACACUUAAAUAAAACCAAAUUUUUUAUUCAAAAGUUUUAAACAACAUAAUAAUUAUCCUAAUGCUGAAAUAAAGAUAAAUUAGCAAAGUAGAAUAUUUAUUCUGACAUGCAGUUAUGACAGAUAUACAAAUCUUCUUGACGAGUGCAUUCUACAUGUGACCAUUGGUGGCCAUCAAUGCAUUGCACCCAUUUUUCCCCCGAACGGCUAUUUCUAUACGAUUCCAAACAUACUAGACAAAAACAGUCUUCAUUGUCACUGCUGCUAUCGUCCUGACUAUUCUGUUGACGAGUUUUUUUGGACACUGGUGUUUUUGAUGUGUUUUUUGGAUCACCAACUUUUUUUUCACUUUCUUCUUUUUUUUUUGCUUCAUAUCCUUGUUGAAUAGCAUCUUGUUCUGGUGUGUCCGUAUAAAUGAUGGAUUUUCUACUUUUGCGUUUCCCUGUAGUUUUCCGAGGAAGAGCUUUUGGUAACGGCCUUAUUAGCUCAGGUGAAAACACAUCCAAAGAGAGGUUAGAGGCUGACUGGACACUUGUAGAUGCAACUGGAGGCGGGGUGCUUGACGGCUCUAACGAAACAGUUCCGCUCGUUGACGCUCUUGGAGAGUUAGAAUUUACUAAUUUUGGAAAAGAAUCAGUGCUGCUUAAAUCUUUAUUCUCUCUUGAACCUACUGCCUGGACUUCUUGAGGGAUAUUUAUCUGCAAAUUUUCGGGAGCAGGUCUGUCAGUUACAUAUGAUGGAGCAAAAUCUAAAGCCGUAAAAAUAUCUCGAUUAAAUGGCCAUAUACCAGUGCACUGGAAUCCAGCAACAAUAUUAGAUUGUGUUAAAACCAUAGAGAGACUCUGUUUAACGAUGCUGGGGAUGUCAUAAAUUGUCAUCGUUUUGCCUGGGUUGUUUCUCAUCUAAGAAUCGCAAGUUGAACUUACAGCUUUUUUAAAUGGACCAUAAAUCGAUCGAUCCAAAGGUUGUAGUUUAUGUGAACAGUGUGGGGGAAAUGAGAGGACAACAAUGCCGUUUUCUUUGCAAAAGGUAUACUUAAAUGAGAUUGAUGGUUAUCUAUUAAAAGCAAAACUUUAUUUUCAAUUCAACUGUUGGUAUGUUUUUGAAAGUGUCUUAAGUAUAGCAAGAAUUCAUCUUCUUGCAUCCAACGAAAUGAUCCUGAUAUCUUAAUCUUGGAAAGAUAAAGAUUGGUGGGAUGCUAUUUCUAAUAUGCAUUUACCGCUAUUGCCACUGUAACCAAAGUGCCACGUUCUCCUGAUGUAAAUGCCCCUACCUGUUUGCGUCCCUUUUCUGCUACGAUUUUAGCAGGUUUUUGUACCGUCGUAACACCGGUUUCGUCUAUAUUAUAAAUGUCCUUCGCUUGGAAUUUAUAUCUGUCUAUUACCGUGGCAAGAUUGUCAAAGAAAAGUUGUACAUUUGUUGGGUUAAAACUGGUCGCUCUUGAAAGGCUUGUAGCCUGGGGACAACGGAUUGAUAGUUUAGGAUUACGUUUCAUAAACCCGGAAAACCAAUCUUCUCCUGCCAAUGAGUUUUUAGUCCAUGUAUUCGGCAUAUUCAAUGAAUAUUUUACGGCUAUUUGGUAGGCCAGUUUACGUAUUUCUUUUGGCGAUAGAUCGUAAAAUAUUUAAAAUGCCUUUAUUAUGUAUUUAACAAUGGAUUUUUCCUGCUCAACGUUAAAUACUCGUCGUACGCACCUAUAUCCCAUUGUUAUAGUUUCAGUGGACCCAUGUUCAAUAGAUUCUUUCUUUUUCUUAAUACAUCUGCCUAAUGUAACAUGAUUCAGUUCAAACAAAUCUGCCGCAGACCUUACGGAUGCUCCAUUUUCAAUAACCUCCCUAUACGCAUUUUCGUAAACCUAGUUGGAUUUGGUACCUCUAUUUGUUUUCCUGACCCUUUCACGUGGCAUUCUAUAACAAAAUAAUAGCCCUCGGAGAGUUUGUUACAAUCAGUUAAUCAGUUUACGCAAAAAUAAUACCAAAAGCCUUCUAUAAAUUAUGUUUCAACCGUCCCCGUAAAAUUAUUUACAUCUUGUUUCAAUUGUCCUCUUCAGGUUUUUUUUGGCAAAAUAUUAUUUUUCUUUAAACUCUUUAAUUAAAACUAACAAGUUUAGGCUGCUAAUCCUAAGCAAAAACAUAAAAAAAUUGAUUAAAAACAAAAAAGUGGUGUACUUACACAUAAAUUUCUUGUUUCCACACUAUUUAGAUGAAAUGUAAAAAUUACUUUGUUGACAUAAAAUAAGAGAGCCGAGCGCAAACACACCCACUUUGCUCAACUGUUAGUUUCACACUGUCGAGCAGAAAUGUGGAAUUAGUCAAACUUUGUGAGGCUGCGUACACGAGUUUUUACCUUCGCGUCUAAAAAAAAUGGCGACUAUUUCAACUGUCUCCUGUUUCAAUUGUCCCCAGUCUCCCCUAUCAUUAAUUUUCAUAGAUAAUGCAUAUAAUGUAAAAUUCAAUAUACAUUAUUGAAACCCACAUUUUCCAUACGCAUGCCAUUUACCAAAGACAAUUUAACCGCUUAGAAUAAAACUAUAUUUUAUUGUGACUUAGCUCACCCAUAAUACGCUUGGCAACCGCACCAUCCAGCGAUAUCGAAAAGCCGCUAUUGCUGUUCCUCGUUUUUUUAAUUUUGUUUGGUAGUCUGCAGGCCUGCGCGAAGUGAAUAUGCCAAUGCCACAAAAUUUUGAAAUUAUUACUCAAAAGUAGAGAUAUGAUUUAUACAUUUUCCAUGCAGAUUUUGCGUACAUGAUCGUAAAAUCAGCAUGGACGAGUUUUAUUAUAAUGUACUGACGUAUAUAUAAAACACUGUCUAUUUUUAAUGCGCUGUUUAUUAUGGAUGUAAAAUAAAUGUACAUUUGUCACACACUAUGUGAUACAUGGAAUAUACUAGAGUAUGUACAGUGUAUAUCCUGUAUAUAACGGAUAUCUAAAGUAUAUCCAAGGGUUAUAUUCUAUGUAUCUAUUACAUGUAUAUUUAUGGAAUAUACAAAUACAUUUGUAAUAUUCCAGGAUAUGUAAUAUAUAUCCUCUAGAUAUAUGCACUCUAUAUCCACGAAACAUGCUCCGGAUAUACCAUAUAUGUACAAUUUCUGGUGUAUGCGUUAAAAUCUAAAUUGAGACGAACAGUGAAAUAUUCGGAAUUAAAUGUCAUUUUAUAUUGCAAAAUUCAAGUUAGAUUUUUGGAAUUUGAAAAAUAAAGAACUAUUUAAUUAUAUUAUUAAUUUAAUUUGAUUAAAACUUCCAUUUCAGAAUUAACUAAAAGUGUACAUAAGUUUUUUUUUAAAUACAUCGUGAUAUUACCUGGUUCAGCUUUAAACCCUUUUUAAAAAAAUAAAAAAAAAUUAAGGUCAUAUUCUCCAUUUAUUCACAACAAAUUUAAUUUACAAGGGAUAAAACUAAAAUAUUCAAGAAGAGCUUGGCUGCUUACGCCUUGGUUCAUUCUUGUGCAUGUCAUUCUGUCUCAUUUUGUCUAAAAAUAAAAAUAAGUGUAUUAAUGUUUUGAUUAAUAUUUUAUGUGCAAAAUUAAUAAAUUUUUAAAUUGUUUUGAAAAUAGAGAAAUGAAAUAUGCACCUUUUUUGUUUCUUUUCCAAAUGUAUUCUCUCCUUUGCUCGGACUAACCAUUUCUUUACAUGUAUUAUAACAUGCUUGCGUCGAAUCUUUUGUGGAUGGAUUAUUUCGCACAGUAUCUAAAUAAAUGAUAAGAAACUAAUAGAACAAAAAAAUAUUUUCAUUCCAUUUAGCUUACUUAAAAUUACAGUGGCAAUUCUUAAAUUUAUAAAUUUUAACUUGCCCUUUGCACCAUCCCAACUAAAUAAAGUUCCAAGUUCAUUAGUGAACAUCUUGUAUAUCAAUCUUUUGACAAUUUCAGAUACGUCACUACCUCCCACACGACUGCCUAAAAUAUAUAAAAAAGUCAUUUAAUAUACAUUUCAUAUAAUUAAAGGUAAUGGAAAAAAGAUUCUUCCUCAGCAGCACAUUUUCUAGUCUGUUAGGUUUUUCCAUAUCCAAUGGAAAUAAAUUACUAAACUCUUCAUAUAGCAUUUCUUCAUUUUCUGGUAUAUUUGAGGUAUUUUUUAAAUUCUGUAUUGUGGUCUCUAAAUCAUUAACUUGUAUAUUUACCAUAUUGAGUUUUCUUAGCACUUACACUCUAAAUUCUAACAAAUAUUUAUAUAUAUUAGAUAUGCAAAUAAGUGCUUUUAUAAUGUCUUGCCUAAUGAAUGAGUCUGCAUUUUCUGUUACAAUUCAAAUAUUUGCACCAUUUUUUCUCCAGCUGGUUGCAUCAUUUCUGUUUGCUUAUGUCCGUUCUCAAGUAAAUUCUGUUGCAGCAAUAAUUUUCUCAAAAUAAAUCAUUAAGUAAUCUUGAUAUGUAUAGCAAAAAUUACUUUUGCCUCUUGCGUACAGCGUACAUGUCUUCUUUUCUUUUGUGAUAAAUAUCUUGUUCUUGCUCAGAAAGUCGUUGAGAAUCUUGGAGUAAAAAAGUAAUGGCUUUUUUUAAGGGAGAAAGGGAUAUGCAUCUCUUUGGCAUAUUAAGGUGUCUGGAACUUUUACUUGCAUUCGUGGAAGUAUAAUCUUCAUAAUUCGCAAAAUCUACGAGGGUUGUCUUUUAAGUUUUGCAUAUGCAGCUGGAAUAAAACAAAAAAUAACUUUUAACGACUUUAUUGUUUUUCAAAGUAUUCUCCACGAAAUUUAAUGCACUUUUGCAUGCGCUCAAACCAGUUGUCAAAGCUGUUAUUCCACUCGUUUGUGGGUACUGUCAAAAUUGCAUUUUUAAAGGCGUUAACUGCUUCCUCUGGCGUCUGAAACCUCUGACCACGCAGUUCAUUCUUGAUUUUUGGAAAAGUAUAGAAAUCGUUGGGACUUAGGUCGGGACUGUACGGAGGAUGAUCCAGUAAUUCGACGUUUUGAUAAGUUAAAAAUUCAAUAGUUUUCCGGGCUGUGUGCGAACUUGCAUUGUCUUGGUGGAGGAUGAUUCGUCGUUGUGGGUUCGCUUUUCGAAGCUCAGCGAUGACUUUCGGCAAAUGGUAAUGUACCAAUCGGCAGUAACAGUUCGUUGAUUCUCCAGAGGAAUUGUUGCAACAUGACCUGCUUUUGAGACAAAUGUUGCAACCAUCUUUUUGGAUACACUUCGAGAACGAAUGACUUUUGUUGGCUUUUCUUCAUCUUGAAAUACCCAUACAGAGGACUGACGUUUAUUUUCAGGUUCAUAUGAGUAAAUCCAUGAUUCAUCACUACUGACAAUGCUGUACACAUUUUUAGAGUUUCCUGCCUCAAAGCGGUCUAGAGUUGUUUGACACCACAUCACCCUAGCUUCUUUCUGUUCUUCAGUUAACAGAUGCGGUAUCCAGCGGGAAACUAAUUUUCUUACCCGUAAUUCUUCAUGCAAAAUUUUUUGAAUUGAGGUCUUUGAAAUCGCCAAUGAAGCCUCAAUCUCACGAUAUGUCACAUGUCGAUCUUCCGUGAUAAGCAUACGCACAGCAUCGAUGUUUUCUUGGGUGACAGCCGUUUUUGGUGCACCUGACCUUGGAUCGUCGCUAAGACUAACCCGUCCACGCUUGAAUUCUGCAUACCAACGAGAAACUGUCGACUGAUGUGGUGCUUCAUUACCGAAAACAGAAAUCAACUCAGCACAGCAUUCUUGUUGAGAUAAUUGCCUUCGAAAAUUGUAAAAAAUGAUGGCCCGAAAAUGUUCUCUGUUUAAGUCCAUGGUAUGCGCAAUUUGCUACCUUUAAAAAUUCACUGUAGCUGUAAAACUAUAUGUAUCGCACUGACGUUUUGAAUUUAAGAAAAGUAAAGUUUGAGGUUAAGUUUGACUAAUGACAUUUGAUUAGUGACGCCCUCUAUGUUUCUAUAUGCAAAACUUAAAAGACAUCCCUCGUAAAAGAUAAAACAUAAACACGUUUUAAAAGAAUAAUAAUUUAUUGGAUAUACCACUUGUUUGCAAAUGUUUCGAAAAACUAGGAAAUGAUAAAGAGUUAACUGAACCACUACUCUCAUCCGCAUCAGAUGAACUUGUAUUAUGAAUUUUGUGAGAUGGUUUUCUUUUUCGUUUUCCCUUAUCUUCAUUAUCAUCUGUUGUAGUAAGCUUAUCUCUACUUUUUGCUUUUUUAAGCUUAGCCAUCGCUUGCAUUCUUAAUUAAAAAAAUAUAUUUUGUAGAAUAAUGGUAGAAGAUUUCAUACUUUCCUUACUAUAUUUUCCUAGAAUCUCAUCCUUAAAGGGUUUCCAGUCUUCUUCUGGGAUAACUUUAUCUUUGAUCAGCUUUUUGAUAGUGGGCUCUUUUUACUGUUAAAGGAGGCCAAAAACACUCAGAUGACUUGUCUAUAUACCAGCUUGAUGGCACAGCGGAUCCACUACUUUCUUUAGUGAAUGCAACUACGUACCACAUUUUCAAUGCUUCACAACCAUAAAAUUGUAUACAAUUUGUUACUUCAAUAUAAUUGUAAUAUCAUUUAAAGAUACAAAAAUACUAAUGUACAGGAUGUUCCAAUAAGACCUAAAGAGGACCUAUAAUUUUGUAGUUUUUCACAUAAAAAGUGCCAUCGAAUGGAUAUUAUUUUCUUUUAAAAAAUAGAAAAGUAAAAUAAAAAAAUGAAGAAAGUAACAAAUUUACUAUUCAGACAUUGUUAGACCGGCCAGUACAUUUACCAAAUAUAAUGUAUAGAUGCAAUAAUGGAAAACACACAAGCUUUCUUUCAAAUGGUAAGACAACAACUUUCUUAUACUGCUAACUUCCCAUGAUUUCAAUUCAAUACAUUUUUUGCAUAUCAUGAAAACAUUGACAAAUGACGAUGAGCAUGGUUUAGAAAAAAGAUCAUUAUUGCUUUCAUACAAGAAACCAAUACAAUUACAUUGCCAUUUGAAUUUGUGGCAAAAUUUUUAACUUCCACUAUCGUUUUAUCAUUUAACUAUCUGCUAAUUUAUUAGCAUUAAUUAAAAAGUCCCUUUCUAUGUAUUUUUUAAAUUGUGGUCUUGUUAAACCAGGCAAUAGUGGGCCAUUACUAUGUUCUAGAGAAAAAUGCACAGUAAAAGGUUUAUUGGACUAAUGAAAUUAUAUCCUCAGAUAUUCUUUUGUUUUAUAGGCUGUGAUUUGCGUUUAUUUUUUUAAUUUGUUGCAUGUAGUUUUCAAACAAAAAAUAGCUAAAAUAUCAAGACUUCCAAAACGAUUCACACAGUCCCCUAUAUGUAAAAGACUAUGUACAUUUAAUGAUACAAAACAUAAACCUUAUACCUUUCUACAGUUCAUAAUAAAAUGUUCUUGCAACGAUAUGGCAAAUCCAACCAAACUUUCAUUUACUGAAAAUUCUUUACUUGCUAAAAUUAAAGUAGCUGUUGAUAGCAUUAAAAAUAGAUGAUAUAUCUUUUUAGAAACAACAUUUUUUAGGACAAUUGGUCCUGUAUAUUGUAAUAAUAAAAGAAACUCAGUAGCUUUGUAUCUUUUUAUUUCAUUAAUAUCUCGGGUUUUUCUUCGUGAGAAUUCAAAUGGAAUCCUUUUUUGGCAGAACAUUCUUUUUGUGACUCCUAAAAGAAUGCAAUGCAUAUAGUCAAGGGGUAUAUCUUCAAUCAUAUCAAAUUUAGUAGUAUAUUUUGUAAAAUGGUAUUGCCUGUGUGAUGCUCUUCUUGAGUUUUAUUUCUAAAAUUAACAUCAUUUCUCUUAGCACAGUUCAAUUCAUCAAAACAAUACAAUACCCUCAUGAAUGGUCCCUUCUGUGCAACAUUUGGUGCAUGAGAAAAAUACACUGUGGCCCUUAAGGGCUAAAAUAUAUGACUUAGCUGGCGUGUCACAAAUUAUCAUUUUUACUUUAAAUGGAAUAAUAAAAUUUCCUAUUUUAAUUCCAUUAUUUACUGGAUUAGUACAUCCUGAAACAAAAUCAAAAAUCAAUUUAUUUGCAGGAAGUUUGUUUGGGCCUUGAAAGAGGGCUACCACAAAAACUUCCUUAUUAAGCACUUCAAUUGAUUUUAUUAAGCACAAUAUGGGCCAAAACGAAUUUCCAGUACUUUUAUGAACGGGUAACCCAUCCACAUUUACUGCAAUUUCAAUAUUGUUAAUUAGUUCUGGGCUCAGGGUAAAUUUAGCAAAUAAAAUGUUAAUAGAAUUCUGAAUCCCAAAAUAAAAAUAAUUUCCUGAGCCAAAUAAUUUGCAGUCAGUGUUUUUUGGUGUUCUAAGAAGGGUACGAGGAUCAACUGGAAGGUUUUUGAGCUCUUUAUCUGAACAUGUUUGAAGAAUCCUUAAUAAUUUUCUUAAAUUCUCUUCAGUUGCCCAUUGACCCAAUUGAGAUUCGAAACUUUCUUUAAAAUUAAAGAUGGAUACAUUGCUAACUAGCAGUCCGCCUUCUAUUUCUGGCUCCUUUAUGACUGAAUAUGAAUGUAAAUUGUCAUUAGGUUCAUCAUUUUCACAGUCUGAAUUGCUUGAAAAGUUACGUAGAGUUACUGCCAUAUUUUUUGUUAAGGGAGGGGAGGUUCGAGUUACAUAAUUUUGGGAAUGCAAGGAUAAAAUUUGUGUGUGUGUUCCAAUGAAUUGUCUAAAAAUAACAAUUUUCCACAUCUUUGGCUACCUUACGGUAACAAUUUCGUUUAAAUAAGUUUUUAGCAUAAAUUUUUUAAAAUUUUAUAGUAAAACUAGGUACUACGUUAAUGAUCAGUGUAUGAGGUACCUGCAAAGAAAAAUAAUCCACAUCAGGGUUAAAGGCAUUAAUUCAUAAUCAUUUAUUCACAAUAAUAUUAUGAUGUUCCCUAGAGUUACCAAAGUGAUGCGCGGAUAACAACUAAGAUUGUACAGCAGGAUAGUUCUUGGCUCUUCACUACCGAUGUUAAAAUAAAUAAUUCACUAUCACAUUCACAGGGUCUCCUUUUCUUUUUGUUUGUGACUUGUGUAAAAUAUGAUAAUCUCUAGUCACAGAAAAAGAAGUUUCUUAAAAAGUUAUAAUGUGUCAAAAUCUUUUCGUAAAAUAAAGAUACAUUCUUAUUCAAUAUACAGUUUAUCAAGAGAGGCUUAGGCAUAAUUAUGCAUAAUUAUUUUAAGUAAUUAAUAUAACAAUGAUAAAAGUUACUUAGAUUUUAAACAAUAAUAACUAAUAACCAUUUACAAGAUAAUCAACACUCAUGGCACCAAAAGACUAAUAAUAAAUAAUUAAUUGUGACAACAACAACAAAUAUUACAAAAAAAGUAAAGUUGUCUUACCUUGGAUGCUUCCAAUUUGAUUCUCAAAUAUUUUGUUACUUUUAUUUGAUUAAAAAUCUAAAAACGCAGGUUACAAGAACUAUAUUACUUGCUUGUUUGUUUUAUGGCACUGCAGGGCACAGAAAAGACAGUUUUAUAUCUUUUAUUCUGUGCUGUAGCGAGGCAAGUACGAUUUGGAAAUUACAAGUACGAUAUAGUCUGCAUUAUUUUCAUCAGCAUUUGUUUCCUAUAAACUUAUUUCAAACUCCAAAUGACACCCUGGUCCAUGGGCUGUAGAACUGAUGUUACAUUUGGUGGUAAAGAAACUAACUUGAUACAAUGGAGUCUAAUUUCAGGAUGAGCCGGGUAAUUAUCCACUAGCAAUAAAAUUUUUCGAUUUUCUUUGAAGAGCUCUCUGUCCCACUUUUUUUAAAUAAUCUUCAAAAAUCAGUGAGGUCAUCCAACCUUUCUUAUUCCAAGAAUAGUCCACAGGAAGAGUUUUAACGUUUUUAAAACACCGGGGAUUUUGAAGUUUUCCUGAAACAACAGAGAAUGUAUUCGUAACACUUAAACCACAGUAUGUAUUAAACAACAAAAUAAAUCUAAAAAUUCUAAUCGAAUUUAAAAUUUUAAAUUACAUUUAUAAACUCUUAAACUUAACUAUAAUGAGUAAUUUUCGUUUCUCGGUUCCAGAAGCAUUAGAGCAAACCAUUGCUGUGAUACGUUCUUUUGACAUCUUUCCCCCACUACAUGUUUCACCUUUUAACUUGUGAGUUUUAUGGGGCAACAUGUUAUAAAAAAUCCCAGUUUCGUCGGCAUUAAAUAUGUCAUUCUCUGUAUAGUCAUUACUUAUCAGACGCCAAACACGAGCCAACCAGUCAUCUGUAAUAUUUCUAUCUACUGAAGCCAACUCACCGCAUAUUUUUCCAAACACAAUGUUAUGCCUUUUUUUAAAGCGCUCAAUCCAUCCAGAGCCGCAUGUGAACUUCCCGCCGAUUAAUUUUCCAAAUUCUUCUGCCUUGACUUGUAACAUUGGCCCACUUAUUGGAAAAUUGUUUGCCCUUUUUUGUUGAAACCACUUGAAUAACAUUUCGUAGACCUGAGGAUGUAAAGACAAACGCAUUUUUUUCUUCUUUUGGUCGUUAAGUUUCCAAUCAUUUUGAAUUUUUUCGCGAUUCUUCCAAAUAUUCGAUACAGUGGAUUUUCUUAACCCCCAUUCUACACAUUUAUAAACACACAUUCGCCUGAGAAGUUUCGUCUUCAAUAUCACUUAUUAUUACUAAUUUUUCAUGUAGCGUAAAAGCCCGUUUUACCUUUUUCUCCUCGAAUAACACCCACAAAACAACUUCAAGCGCGAGCUCAAAUAAAAAAAUACAGAAAAUAUCGUUUCGGGGAAUUCCUGGAAAACCUCCCAAAUUAUAGACACAGUUGACUAAUUUUUAGUCCACUAUAAGCAAGGUUCCAUUAUAAACGAGUACAUCUUGUCCGAGGAUUUUACAUGUGUUUAAGCCGGGACUUUAAAAUUCGUUCAUUACAUGCGAGUUUCCAUUAUAAGCGAGUUCAUUAUAAAUGGAUUAUACUGUAUAUACUUAGAACAUACACGAUAUCUUUUGCACAUUUUGUACUUUAUAGGUAUAUACAGUGGAUAUAGCAUGCUAUGUGGGGCAGCAAUUUCAAAUCCAUCACUUAGGUAAGUUCGUUUAAUCUUCUAAUUAUAUUUCAGGUCUCGACUCGUAAAUAUAAUAUGUAGAUGUUUAAAGCAAAAUUCAUCAAUUUUUAUAUUAUUAAUAACAUAAUAUAUUAUAAUUUUUAAUCCACUAACACCAAAGGUAACACAACCAAGAAGAAAAAAGUAAAUACAUAACAGAAAUAAGCUAAAGAUAUAAAAGAAACAUACCUAAAUAUAAUAAACUCAAAGAAAAAUAUAACUAUCCACAUUAAUGUAUCUUAUCUAAGCAUGCAUAUUCAAACUUAUAACGAAACUGAUCUACUUUCCAAAAUACUAGUUGCAAAAUUAUUCUUUAUAAUAGGUCUAUGAUAAAACUGGCCGAAAACUUGAGAUUUCUCUGACCAGCCAGCUGAACGCCUAAUCGCAUCAAUACUCACACCCCUGUAGGCUGCUGCUGAUGUAGCAGCAUGCCUAGUACUAUGGGCCGUAAAAAUAUCUGUAUCUAUUCCACAACGUUUUAAUAUACAUUUAACCCAUUUAGAUAUAGAUUGAGUAGAAGCGUUUUUAUAAGGUUUCUUGAAUGUAAUAAGUAAAUUAUUCGCUUGGGAUCCUCUCAAUUGCUGUGUUCUUUCUAAAUAAAUAUUAAUAGUGUUUGCAACACAGAGUUGUCUGUUUGAAAAAUAUGACAUUUUUACAUUAGGCUGGACAACAUUUUUCCCCGAAGUUUUUAAUCUUUUAGGAAUUUUAAUUGUAACACCAUCCGAUGACUUAUGUAUAUUGCAAACCUCAAUAUUCGCUAUAGUUUGGACACGUUGACCCGUGGACAAAAGUAAAAGUAUUACGAGUUAAAAUGUUAAAUCUUUUAAAUUUAUUUUUACACUAUCCCAUUUUUCAAUUACAUUUAAAACAAUUGACGGAUCCCAAAUUGAAUUAUAUUUUGGCUGACUGGGUCGUAAAUUAUAAAUUCCUUUAAAAAAUCUUUUGCAAAUUGCAAACCUCAAUAUUCGCUAUAGUUUGGACACGUUGACCCGUGGACAAAAGUAAAAGUAUUAUGAGUUAAAAUGUUAAAUCUUUUAAAUUUAUUUUUACACUAUCCCAUUUUUCAAUUACAUUUAAAACAAUUGACGGAUCCCAAAUUGAAUUAUAUUUUGGCUGACUGGGUCGUAAAUUAUAAAUUCCUUUAAAAAAUCUUUUGAGCAGAAAACCUCUUUGAAACUCCUCACCCGCUAUUUGCCCCAUAGCAGAUCUGUAGGAAUUUAAUGUUCCAUAGGAACAACCUUUAUUAAAAUAAAUUGUUAAAAACUUUAUAACAUUAAUCUGUGAAAUUGAAAAUAAAUCUAAUUUUUGUUCUACGCAGUAACUCCACCAAAGCUUAAGGGCACUAUUAUAUUGUUUCAAAGUACAAUCAGUCACAGACGCCAUGCAAAUAUCUAAGGACUCGUUGGAGACCUGCCUUCUUAGGAGGGCUUGGCGGAUAAGAGCCCUGCAACCAGGGUAAUUUGGUUGCAUAGUUCGUGAGGAUUCCUAUCAGAGAAACAAGAAAUCAAAUUUUCAUUAGGUUGAAAUAAAAAUAAUAAUUAGCAUUGUAAGUGCUAUAAAAACGUAGAACUCUUUUAAGUCAAUAUUGUUCCAUUUCUUAGCAUUUUGUUGUUGUGCGAAAAGAUUGGUUUCUUCAACAAUAGCAUUGGCUAUUUCUUCAGAGAAAAAGUUCAGAAAAUACUCCACCUCUCGGUUUUCGUUCAAUAAGCUUUCGUUUUGGAGGCCACUAGGAGUGCUGUCAAACUGGUGAACGAAUUCAUUUGAAUCACACUGUAUAACAAAAUCUUGUACAUUUUGAAAAGUAUCAGGGUGUCUAAAUUGGUAUCAGUGUUCUGUUCUGGGAUACUCUGGUUUUCGAAAUCAUUCUCAUCUUUCCGGAGCUGAAAAUCGCCUCACUGUCACUCUCAGAUUCAGGAACGUAUUCACUUCCACUGUCUUUAAAUUGUUCAUCCUCGCUUGCACAUAAGUCACUUGCACUCAUCUCAUCUAGAAUAUUAUUCACUUCUGACUCAGUAAGUUCACAAUAUGGUUCAUCAUACUUCCUUUUUUGCCCUUUCAGAGCUCCUUGACGGACCCGCGUGGUCUUCAGAAGCCAUUAUAAAUCAGACUGGCGCGUAACUCCAGUAACUCGGCGUAAAUGACUCAAAAUAUCACACAUUGGGUUGAAGUAUCACCUGAUUUUGCCACGUUGCCGGAUGCGGUCAAUAAUCGGCAGCGCCGAAAAUUUUCGGCAGUCGCCUAUGUGACAAACGAAAACAAACGAAACGGUUCGGCAGUCGCUUGUACGCCAAGAAAAAACUUUCAUCAUCGCCCUGACCGAGUCGGCAGCCGUUCAGAAAUUGAUCUAACACCUGACGAAUAUAUUCGGCACUCGCCUGUGUGCCAAAAAAUCUAGUGACUAAUAUAUCCGUCAGCCGUACUGAAAGAAGGUCAAUCGUUGAUAUAAAACAAUUUGGCUUUAUAAGUCGAGCAACUGUUUUAUGGUCCUCCAAUUUAAAAUGUUUAUUUUUUACAAACAUAUUUAAAGAUUUCAAAUUUAAAAUCAACCUCUUAGAUCCAUCACUUUUUGGCGUCAAGAAAAUGUUGGAAAUAAAUUGACCCUUAGAUUUAACCGUUUUAGUAAUAGCACCAAUCUUUAACAAUUUUUUAAUUGAUUUUUAAAUUUCAAUUUUUUCACUCUGAGACCAAAUUGGCUCUCUUGGUAUAAAGUUCUGAAAAGGCUUAUGUAAGAAAGGUAUGGUCAAACCUGAUACAUAAGAUAAAACAAUUUUAUCGGAAGUUAUUUUCUUCCAUUCAGUCAGAAACUGGCUUAACCUAUCAGCUACUUUACUAACCCUUAACCGCGUUUGUUUGGAGAUAUUUGACGACUCUUCUCCUGCUGACGAUGAAGGAAAAAAAUCCUGUUGCGUCGACGGUCCGGUUGAUUGUAGGUUGUUUGUAGGUUGUUCUCUGUUGAUGGCGCGGGUUGGAUUGUGGUUUGUGGAAUGCCUGUCUGCCUCGAGUAAACCCGCUGUUGGCACGGAGCAGACCUCUCAAGUUUAAAGGCCUCAAAAUCUUUCUAGAAGUCGAUCUAGUUGGUUUUAGCUCUUCACUAGAUCUUUGGAGAGUUUUUGAAGUUUUAAUUUCUUCCUCCAAGUUGUCUCCAAACAACCAAGAGGAGAUUUCAGACUUUUCCAAUGUCUCUCUUAAAUUUUUAUUUAGAUUAGAAAGAAGAAGCUGACGUCUAUAUUGAGACUGGUUGUAAAAUAAGUCGGCCAUAAGUCGACCAGCGUCACUUAGCUGUUUUAUGAUGGGCUUGUUGUCUUCCCUUCCAUCCUUCAAAAGCAAGGAAAGGGCCAGUACUACCAGCCUACUGUCUAUCUACCUACGAGUACUAAAUUCAUUAAUAGCCGCAGACACUAUUCUAUUGAUCUUUGGAGAAAUAAAGGAUUGACAAUUUUUGGGUAUGGGGUAUUCACUGAUAAUGCUAUUUCUAUCUUCAGCAUUCAAGCCCUUACCUAAAAUGGCCUCCCAUCUGUUCGCCAAAUCCUUUUGAAUACUAGAGCCCUCAACAUUAUUAUUAGCAAUAUUAGGACCUAAUAAUCGAAAAUUCACGACGAUGCGGGGAGACAAAGAACGUAAAAAUAUAACACACGGCGUAGCCGACACACUGCAAAGGAAUGAUUGGGACGAGCGGGCAACGGGUAGGUACCGAGGUUUUUAUCGAUUUUUUGUGCUUUAAAGUGUGUGGCCUGCGCUUCCGCUGGGAUACUACAUAUUUUAUUUACGAGUCGAGACCUGAAAUAUAAUAGAAAAGAUUAUUAAAUUGUGAAGAGAAUGUUUUUUUUCGUUCAUCGGUGUUUUCCAUAAUGAUUUUACAAAAAUCCGUUAGUCGUCAUCAAUCGUCACGAAAUAUCUUCUUAAUUUUAGAGAAUUUAAAAGUUUCGUAAACAUGUUUUUUCCCAAAUUUUAGAAAUUGAAAUACGUAAAACCUGUCUCACACAUCUGGUGAGUCGUGUUUAGUCCAAUUCUAUAAGGCACUACAAAUCAUCUAAUCCAGCCAUUCUUUCUGAACCUUGAGAGACCAUUCCUGUUUAUUGUGGCAUUUCUUGCACUAAUUGAGGCAGAAACAUUUUUCGAUCAAAGCUGACUGCAAAUAUUUCCCUACAGUCCGUGGAUGUCCAUGGAUUACCAUUUGAUUAUUUAAUACGAGUAUUAUAAACAGCCCUGGCAGAUUAAAAUAACGCUUUUAGUGUCACCACUAGUGAGCAAAUAAUGCCGUAAUAAAAAUAAUUUGUACCAGACCCUAUAGAGUCAGAGUUUUUGGUAUAAGCUAAAUGUAUUUUUGUAUGCUUAAGCUUUUUGGGAAACUAAGUACAGUAUUCACAUCACGAAUCUGUUAACAAAAAUAAACUAUAAUAAUACACUUCUGGUAUAUUAAUCUAUUUUCAGUAGCGUAAUCACUGGAUUUUUUUUGUAAACAUGAUACCAGAACCUUUAGAAUAUUUUUCACAUAUAUUAAACAGUUUAUUUUACUAUAUGUUAGUUUAUACGUUAGUUAUCAUAUAGUAAACCAUAGUAUAAUGUGUAAAUAAAAUAUUUUAAUAAUAAA